AUGGACUCUGAUAGAUCCUUGUCUGGUAUGCCGGGCACACCUGGAAGCAAUAUGAGUACAUCUAGUUUUUUUUUUUUGGCUCCUGGCGAUCGUAUUUUAUCUGUCAAAUGCUCUAUUAAUGUACAUUUUUUUGUGCGUGCCAUUCAAGAAGACGAGAACUUUGAUAUCAGGCAAUUUAUGGAUCGUGAUUUUUUUGGGGAGGUGUGGCUCAAACUGACUCGCAUUUAUUAUGAUUCCAAAGCAAGACCAGUUGAGCAUAUGCGAGCUUUUUACGAACUGGCUUUAUCAUUUAUUGAUAUAGAAUUACCUGUGUUUAAUUGCUUCCCAUUACGCCGCUCUUGGAUUCCUUGCUACACAACCAUCGAUUCAAAAAUUCUUUGUCAAAACAUUCUUGCACUCUGGCGUGAAGUGAUUAACCUAAACUCGGAUGCACCUAAACACCAAGAAAAUGGCGAGCUCCAGUUUAGAGAAACUAUUCAAACGGAUGGAGUAGGUGUAACUGUGAUCAAGAAAAGAAUGGAUCGUGAAAGCAGAUACACUGCUCGUUUUGCUGUUGUGAUUAAACCAACUCAGUACAUUUCACAAGAGAUUGCUCAAGAAACUGUUGGAAGAUGUGUUACAAUUGAUCCUGGACGAAGAGAUUUGCUAUUCUGUGUACAUGAAAACUCUACCGCAAACAAUCCAAACAAGUUUCGCUUUACCAAACAGUACCAAGACAAGUUUGAAAAAAUUAAAAAAUACCGUCGAAUCCGUGAAGCUGUGAAACCCGCUAGAGUAGCAGCCGCUGAAAGGCUUUUGAUUAAUUAUGAUUCCUUGUAUAGAGAUGAAUUUGAACAGUAUCUUGAAAACAAGUCCAAUAUGACAGGCAUCAUCCAAAACCACUAUGUCAACUUCCGAACCAACAAUUGUACUGCUCAUCCUUUGCAAAGAAAACUGCGGCUAUCUGCCUAUAUUAGAAGACAGCAAGGAAACGAGGAUCUUAUUUCAAAACUAGAUGAACAGUUUGGUGUCGAAGCUGUUUAUGUCAUGGCCAUGACUCAUAACAUAUAUAGGAUUGUUCCUCGUCUAUGUGAUAGUGAUAUGAUUGCUUGCUUAAACAUGGUUAAUAUUGUUCGUUCAAUUCGUACUGAAAACGGUAUUCCCCCAAGGUUUCGACGUGGAGAGGCUGUGUGUACACGUAAUUAUUCAAAAGUUUUUCCCCUAAAACUUAGGUCGGGUACAUCUUCUAAACAACCACUACACUUACUCACUUGAUAAUAAAUAUUGCCCCACUGUGUUUUGAGACACAUAAAGUUGGCCAAACG